CAAACCACAUAAAAAAGAGAAAACGAAGAGCAGUAAAGUCACAUGAGAGUGUCUCAAAAAUCGAACAUAUCCCCUGGGACGCUCUGAAAGACGACAACGACGUCUUCGAGUCGCGCGCACUUUCCGUCUGUCAUUUCAUUUCUCGAUAUUCUCAUCUUACCACCCUAACCCAGAAAGGCCAGACACUAAAACAUUUCGUCUGAUUUUGCUAUGUUCCAUUUUUCGAUUGGUACUGUAUUGAUUUCCAUUUGCUGGUUGGCUCAGUGGAUGGAGGCCAAAAGUCAGCGGAUCGAUCCGGAUGCGGAGAACGAAUUGUGGGAUUCCAUAAAACAUACGAAAGUGCAAAAUAUAGUUGAAAAGAAUGCAAUUGGAGAGAUUAAUUCGCCACCAACUGAUGGAACCCCAUAUUUGAAAGUUGUUUGCAUUUCAGACACACAUGAGCAGCUGCAUAAUGUCACGGUCCCUGACGGCGACGUCCUCAUUCAUGCGGGCGAUUUUACCAACAAUGGAAAACGAGAAGAACUUAUCAAAUUCAAUGAAGAAAUGACACGUUUUCCACAUAAAUACAAGCUCGUUGUAGCUGGAAAUCACGAACUUGGAUUUGAUCAUGACGAGAAUCAAGGAGAACGGCAAGAUGCUGAUAAGGGGCUUGGAACUGAAGAUGGGUACAAUAUACUGACCAAUGUGACUUACCUCCAAGAUAAGGGUGUAACGAUCGACGGUGUAACGUUCUUCGGCUCAUCCUACCACCCACUUCGAGGCUUCCCCUUCUACCGAAACCGAGCUGAACAACUCGCUGAGUGUUGGAAAGCUGUUCCAAAUGACACAAAUGUCUUGAUUACUCAUACACCACCUCUAGGAUACCUCGACCAGUUUGGAGAUGAACGAUGGGGAUGCAGAGAUCUUUUGAAAACCGUCGAACGAAUCCAACCUGCUUAUCACAUUUUCGGACAUGUUCAUGAGCAACAUGGAGUCUUGAGCAACGGAAAUACGACAUUUAUCAACGCUGCCCAAUGCAACAAAGGAAACCAAAUUCAAACUCGCCCAAUCGUCUUCUACAUUCCUAAAAAGACCUUAUCAUAGCCUUUUCCCAGUUUUUUGAAGAUCAUUAAUCUGAAAAUAUUCUUACAUCAAUUUCAAAUUUAGACUUCUCUAAUGUGAUUUCAGUUCCUAAAUUCUUUGCUAUGUCGUACAGUAUGCCAUUAUGUCCCUUACGUUUUCGUUUUUACCAUCUCUCAACGGCUUUACUCAUUUCUCUUCUUUCCCAUCUUUACACCUUUAAUUGAAGCAUACGAAACUCAAAGUAGAAUUUCAAAUACUCUCUUAUUGUUUGAAAAUUUUCACACAAUUGACUUCGAAAAUGUUGUAAUAAAAUGCCAAAUGCUCACAAAA